AUGGCGCUGCUGGAGGAUACGCUGCUUGCGGACGGGCGGGAGUGGGUUUUGGGCGGUGGUGGUGGCGGUGAUGGUGGUGGCAGUGAGGGUGCGAGAAAAGGGCCGACGUUGGCGGAUAUCGAGGCCGUGUGGGUGCUUCACUGGAUGAUUGGCAUUCCUGGUGCGCUGUUCGACGCCGGGUAUGUGAGCGCCGAGCGGUUUCCGCGGGUGUAUGCGUGGGUGGCGCGGUUUCAGGCGGCGGUUGGGGCGGCGAAGGCCGGGGUGGUGGUGAAGGGCAUGAGCGGGGAGGAGGCGGCGGUAGUGUUGAAGGGGCAGAGAGAAGGGGUAGGAUAUUUUGAGAAGGAGGGGGAGGUGGACGCCGCGGACCCGAUCGUCAAGGUGUACGGAUUGGAGAAAGGGAGCAGGGUCGAGGUGUGGCCGACGGACUCCGGGGCUGGGCAUCGGGAUCAGGGCUGCCUGGUGAGCCUCGACGCCGAGGAAAUAGUCUGGGAGACGGACGCCGGGGUGCGCGUGCACGCACCUCGGCAUGGGUUCCGGGUGCGGUUGGCGAGGCCGGUAGAAGAAGUUGGGGUCUGA